UGCCGGCAACUCUUCCACUUCCACUUCCUCUUCCCUUCCGCUUCCUCGUCCUUCUCCCCAUCUUCUCUCGCUCCAUCUCCUUCCGCAAUGUCUGACACUAUCAUUGCUCAGCCAAAGUCCGAGUCUGGGGCCCCGCCUCUGCCGUCUGACUCUGUCAUCGUCGUCCUCGGUGCCUCCGGCGAUCUCGCAAAGAAGAAAACCUACCCUGCCCUCUUUGGACUCUUCCGAUAUGGCCUCAUGCCCCAGGGCAUCAAGAUCGUCGGCUACGCCCGCACAAAGAUGGACGAUGCCGAGUACAAGAAGCGCAUCUCCUCCUACAUCAAGGUUCCCGACGACGAGGUCAAGGCCAAGCUCGAGACCUUCCUCGGCAUCUGCACCUACGUCGCCGGCGCCUACGACACCGACGAAGGCUUCCAGAAACUCGACAGCCAUCUCGCCGAGAUCGAGGCUGGCAAGGCCGAAUCCCACCGUCUCUUCUACCUUGCCCUCCCCCCGACCGUCUUCACCACCGUCGCCCAGCACCUCAAGAAGAACUGCUACCCUGCCAACGGAUCCGCGCGCGUGAUUAUCGAGAAGCCCUUCGGCCACGAUCUCGACUCGUCGCGGGAACUGCAGUCCGCCCUGCAGCCGAUCUGGAGUGAAGACGAGAUCUUCCGAAUCGACCACUAUCUCGGCAAGGAGAUGGUCAAAAACAUCCUCAUCCUGCGGUUCGGCAACGAGUUCUUCAACGCCUCAUGGAACAAGAACCACAUCUCCUCCGUGCAAAUCACCUUCAAGGAAAAGUUCGGCACCGAAGGCCGUGGCGGCUACUUUGACGAGUUUGGCAUCAUCCGCGACGUCAUGCAGAACCACUUGCUGCAGGUCCUCACCAUGAUCGCCAUGGAGCGGCCAGUCUCGUUCUCGGCCGAGGACAUCCGCGACGAAAAGGUGCGCGUCUUGCGCGCGAUGCCCAUCAUCGACCCCAAGAACGUCGUCAUCGGCCAGUACGACAAGUCGCUGGACGGCACAAAGCCCUCCUACACCGACGACCCGACCGUGCCCAAGGGUUCGCGCUGCCCGACGUUUGCCGCCAUCGUGCUCUACAUCAAGAACGACCGAUGGGACGGUGUGCCGUUCAUUCUCAAGGCCGGCAAGGCCCUUGACUCGGCCAAGGUCGAGGUCCGUGUGCAGUACAAGGACGUCACCUCGGGAAUCUUCAAGGACAUCCCCCGUAACGAGCUCGUGCUCCGUAUCCAGCCCGACGAGUCCGUCUACAUCAAGAUGAACACCAAACUGCCCGGUCUGACAAUGAAGACCUCGGUCACCGAGCUCGACCUGACCUACAACCGGCGGUUCUCGGACCUGCACAUCCCCGAGGCCUACGAGGCCCUCAUCCUCGACGCCAUCAACGGCGACCACUCCAACUUUGUCCGCGACGACGAGCUCGACGCGUCCUGGAAGAUCUUCACCCCGCUCCUGCAGUACCUCGACGAGUCAAAGGAUAUCGUGCCGGCAAAGUAUCCUUACGGCUCCCGCGGCCCUGCCUUCUUGGACGACUUCUUGGCCAGCUACGGCUACACCCGCGACCUUGCGGGUUCGUACCAGUGGCCCACUACGAAGGCCGGCAAGACGAACGGGAAAAUCUAAGUGUUUUGACUCUCUCUCUCUCUCUCUCUCUCUCUCUCUCUCUCUC